UUAAGAAUGUGAUUUCUAAUAACUGAAGCAAAGUUCUGCGCAGUUUCAUUUUUGAGAUUAUAGCGCAAAUACUGCUGGAGAUUACAGCCUUGCUGUAAUAUUGAUCCUUGGUUUGGGUGCGGCUUCGAUUGCCUUGUACUAUUAUAUCGAUGCGGCUGGAAGAAGACGCAGACCAAAGUUUGCCAAGAAUGAUGGGCCUAUUAAACUUCCUGAUGAACUCAAAAACGCUGAACCUUCACCAAGUGUAAAAGCUCUAAGAGAGAAUGUGCCAAAGGGUCGACGUCAAGCACAACCUCAAGCAGUUGCAAACGUGCCAAAGAAGGGAGAAGUGGUGGCUAAGGUAAAAAGUCCAAAGAUACGAAUGUGUCAACUGCACGGUGUACCAGCAUCUCCCGUGUGGCCGCCUUCGCUGAAACUCUGCAUCUUUUUCGCGAACAUGCUCUCUGACCACUUCCUCAGGGGAAGCGUGGGAGAGGCGGAGUCUCAGUUCAUUGGAAAAGAUUAG